AUGAAUAUUUCCUUAGAGUUAUGGAAUACUGAUGAGUUGACCGUCGAAAACGUAGCUAAAAAAAUCAAGGACGUACACAAAGUAAUUGUGAUGAGUUUCGACUCUCGAAGGAAUCAGUUUCAUUACAAAGUCAAUAGUAUUUAUCAAUCGGAAGGAACUAUUAUCUGUCGCACUGGAAAGUAUCGCAACUGUGAAGUAAGGUGCGUGCGAGAUGAGGCCGAACCCUCCAAGUGUGCCUGGAAGGUGGUCAAACCAGCCGAUAGUGGACAUGGACUGUGCCACAUUCCGAAGGUGAAAACUUCAUGCAAAUGCCCACCUUGUCAUUUGACAGAGUGGCAGGAAUGGAGUUUCGAUCGACCCUGCGGUUACGCCACUGGCGUUAGAUACAGACCGAGGAACAGUUUCCCUGAGGAGUCGUGUAAAGGAAAGACCAACGAAUGUUGUAAAGAAACGUACGAAGGCUUUAUCGGAAAUUGUCCUUGCUUGAUGCCUCUCCUGUGCGCUAACGGAGGUACUUGCCACAACUUGAACCUCAAUGACUGGGUGUGCUCGUGUCCGUUCGGAUACACUGGCAAAGACUGUUCAAUAGAUAUCGAUGAAUGCCUUCAGACUGACUGCAGCGGCCACGGACGCUGUGCGAACCACAUUGGAUAUUACAUUUGUCAUUGUGACCGUGGAUACGCUGGCGACGACUGCGAAAUUAACGUGGACGACUGUCAGGGCGCUAACUGCAGCUGUGGUGGACGAUGUGUUGAUGGAAUUGAUUCGUACCACUGCGAAUGCUAUGAUGGAUUUGCAGGAAAGUUCUGUGAGAAAAACAUCGACGACUGCCGCGGAGUCACUUGCAGUGGUCACGGCAAAUGCGUUGAUGGCAUACGGGCGCACACUUGUACAUGCAACGCCGGGUACACGGGACAGAACUGCGAGACCGGUCAUUUUAAACUGUGCCAUCGAAAUUGA